AGUUUCAAAGCGGGCUCUUAUCAGAAAUGUGAUUAAUAUGUUCAUGUGUUGCUUGAAUUGAGUGUGGGUGGAUGUUAGUAUUUGCACAGUGAGCGAAUCUUCCCCGCACGAAUAGGCUCACUAGCUUGAACACUGCUUUGAUACUGCUGGCACACGAUUGUAUCGGUUCAGCUGGAACAACUGGAAGCGGCUGUAGCGAAUCACAACCAACGCUGAUAGCCCACCAGUUGUAUUUGAUCCUUUUGUCACUUCAACCCUUCUAAGUAAGCAACAACAAAAUGAGCGAUGAAUUCGAUGGAUGUGAAUGUAUCUGGAGCCACGAGAUGGCCAUGCGCCGGCUACUAUCGAUUCUCCGCAAUGGCCAGUCCUAUUGCACGGACAACGAGUGCGUCGAUUUGCCCAACGCACCGAACCAGAAUGCCAGCGGAAACUUCUUUAUGAUGAUGCUUCUCAUGAUCUUUGCUGUGAUAUUGUACGUGAUGCGACCAGCUUCGUUCCGCCGGCGGAACGACCUGGACAAAGCACUGCCACCGUCGAAUGGCGGACCAAGCAACGAUGGUUCACCACCGGCGGUUAACUGAUAGAGUCUCCAACUACUAGUGAUCACGGAAUCUUCUGUUCGCGAUUAUAUUUCUAGGUAUAGAUUUUAUUUUCCGAACUGUGUUGGAUUUUCUUACUGUUCCCUGAGCGUUUAUCCCGAUUUCCUUGUUUUGAAGCGCAUAAAAAAAAGUUUAUCAAUAUAUUUUGGAUAGAUUUAGGUUUAAUCUUGUAGCUAAAUCAAAACUAUACAAUAACUAACUUUUAAUCGUGAACCACAUUGUUCCAUAGUAAUGCCCGAUCAUAUUCCAAGAUAGUUUUAACAUUUUGUUAUUUGUCUGUGCAGCGGUGGUUUACAAAAAAAAAUAUAUUUUCCAUUCAUUGGAUUUUCUGCGUUAGUUUUCUUCAAAAUGGUUAACACACCCAUAAGUAGGCAUGCAGAUAGCGCACAAAAAAUAGGUGAACGGUCAUCACAAAAUAUUUUUUCUUUAUUCCUUUUUUCACCCGGAGAAAACUAGCUGUAGCAUAUUAUUUAUCUGUUAUAUUUUAUUAUUCUAUACCUUUUACAGUUUUAUUCGCAAAUAUUAUGCAGAAAUGCAACUAUUAUGGGUUAGAUGUUCUUGAUUAAAAGACAUUCUGUAUACAAACGGUCCUUAAAACAGUGCUUUUAUCGUAAAAUGUAUGUUUCCGGAGCUAUGUUUUAUGAAUAAAAAUUAGAUAAAGACGUUGAUACAAAUAAAACAACCUCACACGAA